AUGUCAUACUACCCUCCUCCCCGGCAAGUGGGCGGCUACUAUGGAGAUCUCACCUCGGCCGGCGCAGGCCAGAUGCACAUGCAAUCCUACGACGCAUAUGCCGUGAACCCAGUACCCCCGCUGCAGAUCCCGACUCAAGGGACAGCAAUGGGCGGCCCAGUAGGCGGGCCUCUGCCCACACAGCACCGCGCUUCGUCAGGCGCGUGGAACCAGGACGACGACCGGACGCUGCUGGCACUACGUGCGAUGGGCAAGAACUGGAACCAAAUACAGCGCGAGGCCUUCCCGGGCAAGACGGGCAACGCGUGUCGGAAGCGGCACGAGAGGCUUAUGGAGCGCCGCACCCAGGAUUUUGACAACCGCAAGCUGGAGAAGCUCUGCAAGGAGUACAUGAACCUGCGCAAAGAGACAUGGCAACCGCUGGCCGCGCGCUGCGGCGAGAAGUGGAAUGUUGUCGAGACCUUGCUCAUGUCAAACGGCUUGAAGAACAUCCAGUCUCAUGCGCGUGCCCACUCACGGAGGGAACGUCUAGAGUCGGGUCAGCCCAUGUCUUACGACGACGACAGCGGCAUCUCUGGGCUGACGCCCAUUGACGACGUGGCUGAGCAGUCCUACAGCAGCCCCGAGACGACGGGGUCGACGGGCGCGCACUCCACUCCCGGCGGCAGCUCCGGCAGCGGCAGUGGCAGCACGGCCUCGCACCCGGCUUUCACAAACAUGCAAGCCUACCAAAACUACUCCAACUACCAGCCGCACCAUGGUUACAGCAAUAGUGUGUCCAGCACGGGCACCGGAUACGGACAGCCGCAGCCCACAUCCAGCCAAGGGACCAGCCCAUACAUGGGCCACGGCAACCGGCUACCCAGCGUCGGGGACAUGGGCAUCGACGCCAUAAUAAAUCGCGGCCCGCAAAGUAAUACGAACGGAGUAUGA